AUGGCAGCGAUGGCAAUUGAUAUGAUGUUGCAGAGCAAUGGAUUUCAGUCAAAGAAGAAAGAGGAUCCAGAAAAUAAAGAUAAUUUAUGGUCCUCUAUUUUGGCUGAAGUACAAAAUAGUAGCAGUAAUAAGUUACCUUCAAACAAAAAUAUACUUGUUCUAGGUGAUAAUGAAAGUGGAAAAACAACACUUAUUGCUAAAUUACAAGGUGUAGAAGAUCCAAAGAAAGGUUCUGGUUUAGAGUUUGCAUAUAUCGAUGUGAGAGAUGAUUAUAGAGAUGAUCAAACAAGAUUAUCUGUAUGGGUAUUGGAUGGUGACCCUGGUCAUGCAAAUCUUUUAAGAUUUGCAUUAAAUGCAGAAAGAUUUCCACAUACACUUGUCAUGUUAGUUGUUACAAUGACAACUCCGUGGGCCAUUCUUGACCAACUUCAAUCUUGGGCUGCACUUCUAGGAGACCAUAUCGACAAAUUACCUUUAGAUAAUGAUACUUGGCAACGAUGUAGGCAACUUAAUGUAAAAAAAUGGCAAGAUUAUACAGAGCCAGGAGAUGAAUUAGAUCCUGGUAGUCCUUUAAGGCGCACUAGUCGUAAUUUAGAUGAUGAUACAAUGGAUAAUCUACCAUUACCAGAAGGAGUACUUACAACAAAUUUAGGCCUAGAUGUUGUUGUUGUUAUUACAAAAACUGAUUAUAUGUCUACUCUUGAAAAAGAACAUGAUUAUAAAGAUGAACAUUUUGAUUUUAUACAACAGUGGAUAAGACGAUUUUGUUUACAAUAUGGUGCAGGAUUAUUCUAUACAUCAGCAAAAGAAGAUAAAAACUGUGAUUUGCUUUAUAAAUAUCUUACACAUAGAAUUUAUUCAUUACCAUUUAGAACACCUGCUUUAGUCGUCGAAAAAGAUGCAGUUCUUAUUCCUGCUGGUUGGGAUAAUAUGAAAAAGAUUAGUAUUCUUCAUGAAAAUUUGCAGUCAAUGAAACCAGAUGAUUAUUAUAGAGAUGUUAUUGCACAACCAUCAACUAAUAGGAAGAGUGUAACUAGAGAAGUAGAAGUACAGGCAGAGGAAGAACAAUCUUUCUUGGCUAAACAACAAGCUGUAUUAUUAGGUAUAAAAGAUCCAACGAGUGCCCUCACAACAAGGAAUCAGGCAAGCCCUGGACCAGUUAUUCAGGUGGCAUCACCAAAUAAGAAAUUAGAUCCCAAAGGUACAGGAGCUUCACAAUCUGGAGAAGGUGUUUUAGCUAACUUCUUCAAUUCUCUUCUUCACAAAAAGACUGGAAGUCCUGGAUCACCAGGUAGUGUAGGUACAAGUCCGAUAAAAAUUGAUAAUGCAUCAGUGGAUAAAGCAACUAUGUGUAAUGACGCAUCAGUGGAAUUAGACCGAAUUACUCAACCAAAGAAAAUUCCUCAUUUAAAUCCCAAUUUAAAUCCCAAUUUAAAUUCGUCAUUUGAAUGAUAACUGAACAAAAUGAAGUAUAUCGUGCGAUUUUCAUUACAUCAGUUGCAAUGUUUAAAAUUAACAUAAACUUUUUUUGUAUUUGUAUUAAUGAUAUCGG